UGGUGAUCAAACAGCAGAGAAAACAAUCUGACCUUAGCUGAGAUUUUCAACCUGCUGCUGCUCCCUAACACCAACAAACUCACCUCAGGAUGGCUCGUCUUGUUCUGUCUGCGAUUGUGAUGAUGAUGGCCUUCAUCGCUCUCACUGAAGGCCUGCGUGGAGUUGGCCCAAAGAAGUGCUGCUUCAAAUUCAAUGACAAGCCGGUGUCAAAAGAUAAAGUUGUGAGCUACAUCAGAACCAGUCAGCGCUGCUCCAACCCUGCCAUCUUGCUGAAUACAGUGGCCGGCCGUCAGAUGUGUGUCAGACCUUCAGCCUCCUGGGUGAAGGAUCUCAUCAGCUACCUGGAGACCAAAGAUGUUUCUGGUGCAAACACCAACCUGUAAACCUGACAAUAAUAUGCCAACACUCCAGCUUACAUAAAUAUGUAGGUUGUGAUGCUACAGUUUCUUACCGAAUACAGCAGCUCUCUUUCCAUGAUAUUUAUCAAAUGUUCUAAUAUUUUAUGGUAUACUACCAAGAUAAGAUGAAGCAGAAUCAAAUUUUUUUUCAUAUAAAUGAAAUAUGUUUUUAUUAUGGUUGUUAUGGAAGAACAAGAGUAUUUUUGUUAAAUGCAACACUUUAAGUUCAACAUCAACACUGUAAGUUUUGAUUGUAGUUUGAACUAACCAGAUAAAGUAUCUAUUGUAAAAGACAAAUGUCUUCCAAAUAAACAAAGUGUCAUCUUUAUUAAAUAAGCUAGGAUCUGUUGCACUUGCUAAUGUUUAAGAAAUACAGCAAAACUUUAAUUGCUGUAAUUGAAUUAUUUAAAGUCUGUUAUACUAAUGCUUUUGAACUCUUUGAAUUUUUGACAGAAGUAUUGUAAACCUUUCAGAAGUAUCAGUUUUUCUGUAUGCUUAAACGUACAUUGAUUCUUAUAAAAUAAACCUAUGUUACUUUUCCAAUUCAA